UCUGUCAAAAGACAUUCUGAAAUCUUACAUUGCCUGUGACGAUAAAUACAGAGACCAGCUCCAAAAACAAAUGUGCCCAGCUGACAUACCUGUAAUCGUUCGAGAAUACACUAUAGCUGUUUAUCCAAAGGUCUUGGACAACUUAAAUGCCAUAGGAAAGGCAGCUUUAAAGGACCUCCAUCCCUGGAUACUGUGCACGUUAAUUGACUGGGAAAGAUUCGACAGAGUUAUAUGUGACAUGCCGGGUUCUACUUGUGAAGCAGGGGCUGAAGGAUCUGUUGUGCAGUUGCCACAGGAAAGUUCCACCGGAAAAACGACAGUGAUUAAACUUCAAACACCAAAUUGUAUCCAUGGAUUUCAGAUUCUGUUGAUCCACCUUCAGUUGACAAAGAAACAAAGCAAACAUCAAGUGCCCAAGAUUCCAACAAUGGAGAACGUCAUGAAUGGAAUGAGGCCGAGACUAAACUACUACUUGACACGACUGCAGAGAACAUGGAAAAACUGA